UCAUAAUCUGUCAAAGUACAUACAGAGGUACAUAGGUACAUUCAAAAUCCCAUUAGGCGGGCAGACGGGUAUGUAAGUACAUGUGGCGAUCUACAGAAAUCUGCCCCACUAAGUAGCAUCCGAAAGCGCUCCAAAUGCACACUACAGUGCAUUAUCGAUAGCGAUAGCGCUUGAGUUUCCAUCGGCUCCCUUCAUAUGUACAUCCUCUCGUUUCUUUUCGAUUUCUAAGCAAGCCUCACACAUUUAAAUCAGCAACCCGUCCAUGUUGUAGGUAAAUUACUUGAGCCAAAAAGAAACAGCGUCAUUCGAGAAUACGACAACCCAAUUUUAAUCGACCCAAAGGUACGAUUCCGUAACGAUGGCACCCUCGUUGGAAGAGCCCGAGCCCGUCCAAGAUGUCCUCGAUAACCCUCUAAAGGAACGCCCCCAACUCGUCGCACCCGAACCUGAGCACUGCCCAGGCCCCGAAUCACAAAAUGCAGGUAAAGCCGACUCCUGCGCUGGGUGCCCGAACCAAGCCAUAUGCGCCUCAGCGCCCAAGGGCCCCGACCCGGAUAUACCGCUAAUCUCGGAGCGAUUAUCUGGAGUCAAGCACAAGAUCCUCAUAUUGUCAGGUAAGGGGGGCGUGGGCAAGAGCACAUUUACGAGUCUGCUGGCACACGCUUUCGCCACCAACGAUGAUAUGACUAUCGGUAUCAUGGACACGGAUAUUUGCGGUCCUAGCAUACCUAAGAUGAUGGGCGUCGAGUCCGAGACGAUACACAUAAGCAGCACCGGCUGGUCUCCCGUCUGGGUCGCCGACAACCUAGGCGUAAUGAGCAUACAAUUCAUGUUACCUAAUCGCGACGACGCAGUCAUAUGGCGUGGUCCUAAGAAGAAUGGGCUGAUCAAGCAGUUCCUAAAAGAGGUCGAGUGGGGCAACAUGGACUUCCUAUUAGUCGACACACCACCGGGUACGAGCGAUGAACAUUUAAGUGUUAACAGUUUUCUAAAGGAGAGCGGUAUAGAUGGGGCUGUAAUGGUCACCACACCGCAGGAGGUCGCUCUUCUCGAUGUGAGAAAGGAGAUCGAUUUCUGCAAGAAGGCCGGAAUACGGGUAUUAGGACUAGUAGAGAAUAUGAGCGGCUUUGUGUGUCCGAAGUGCACGCACGAGAGCCAGAUUUUCAAAGCUACAACGGGUGGCGGCGCAGCUCUAGCAAAAGAGAUGGGUAUCCCAUUUUUGGGCGAGGUACCGCUAGAUCCAAGAAUAGGCAUGGCGUGCGACUACGGGGAGAGUUUCUUCGACGCUUAUCCCGAUAGCCCAGCCUGUAAAGCACUAAAGGGUGUCGUUAGAGGUGUUGCGAACGAGAUAGGUCUCGAAGCACACGAGGUAAUGCCCGACGACUGAAAAGACUAAAAUAGCAAAUAAAGCUAGAAUCAUCUCGCUACAUUUCGCAAGGGGGGUUUUCUCCAAUAUCGAGGCGUAACCAAUCCAUACAUAUACCACGCAAGGGCAGCCUAUUCGGCGCCCAGCUUCCCCGGAAUCUCCUCCAGGUCCUCGACAUUCU